AUGGGUUCUGCAGAGGGAAUGCCUGCAAUAGAACUUGAAAACAGAAACCUUAUUAAUGUUUCUUCAUCAGUUCCAAGAAUAAGUUCUUCCUUUGAAGAGGCUACCUCGCUAGUUCAUGACAAAGGGAAGCUCUCAGUUGUAAGACGUAAGGUGUUUAGUAGCAUAAAAGUGGUAGUCCUCUCUACCAAAAUAAACAUACUCAUGCCCUUCGGCCCUUUAGCUAUUUUGGUCGAUAAGUUGUUUCAUAGUCACGGUUUGGUCUUUCUUUCCAGCCUUUUGGGCAUAUUACCUUUGGCUGAACGCUUAGGAUAUACAACUGAGCAAUUGGUUUGUUUUACGGGACCCACAGUUGGAAGUCUUUUGAAUGCCACAUUUGGAAAUGCAACUGAACUGAUCAUAUCAAUACAUGCCCUCAAAAGUGGCUUGACUCGUGUUGUUCAGCAGUCACUGUUAGGUUCAAUUCUGUCAAACCUAUUGCUAGUUCUUGGAAGCGCAUUCUUUGCUGGUGGCCUAGUGUUUUAUCACAGAGAACAAAUGUUUAACAAUGCAGAUAUCGCAAUAGACUUUGGGCUGCUUUUGAUGGCUGUAAUGAGCUUGUUAUUUCCAGCAGUUCUCCAUUCUACACAUACAGAAGUAAUUAAUGGCAAGUCUGAGUUAGCUCUUUCAAGAUUUACUAGCUGUAUUAUGCUUGUGGCUUAUGCUUCUUACAUAGCAUUCCAACUAAAUGGUCAUCAGAAUGCUCCGGUGGAUAAUGAUGAGGAAAGAGGUCUAAGUGAAGAGAAUUCAGCUGAUGAUGCAGAAACUCCUGAGAUUUCUAUGUGGGAAUCAAUAAUAUGGCUCUCUAUCUUGACAAUAUGGAUAUCAAUCCUGUCAGAUUAUUUGGUUAACACCAUAGAGGGGGCGUCCGAAGACUUGAAAAUACCUGUACCAUUUAUCAGUGUUAUUCUUCUUCCUACAGUUGGGAAUGCGACGGAACAUGUCGGCGCUAUCAUAUUUGCGGUAAAAGACAAGCUAGACAUAUCUCUUGGAGUAGCUGUGGGCUCUUCAAUACAAAUAUCCAUGUUUGUGAUUCCAUUUUGUGUGGUUGUGGGGUGGAUAAUUGGAUGCCCUAUGGAUUUGAAUUUUCAACCCUUUGAGACGGCUUCUCUCUUCGUAGUUGUUGUAAUUGUUGCUUUCAUGCUUCAUAAUGGAACAUCCAACUAUUUUAAAGGAAUGAUGCUUAUUCUUUGCUACUUAAUCGUGGGAGCAAGUUAUUUUGUACAUAUUGAUCCUACUUCAAUAAAUGAUGCUGGUUGA